AACAGCCGAGCGCGAAGCGGCCGCUUUCCGGAAGAUCCGGGUGCUGUGGCUUCAACAUAAACAGCAAUGGCGGAGGCAGCGGCAGCGUCAACGGUGGCUCCAGCAGUUAUCGGAGGCUGGACCAAGCACGUAACCUGCAGAUAUUUCAUGCACGGUCUUUGCAAAGAGGGUGACAACUGUCGAUAUUUACACGACCUCAGCAGCUGCAAGCCGACCAUGGUCUGCAAGUUCUUCCAAAAAGGAUGCUGUGCUUUUGGGGACCGUUGUAGGUAUGAACAUACCAAACCUACCAAGCAAGACGAAGCCCCUAUUUCUAAGCCGUCUGUGCCGCUGUCCGCUGCUCCCCUUGCUGGCACUCCUGAUCCAGCGUCUGAUGGACCAGGUGGCACGACCGGCGCCCAGGAGAAGCCCCACAGCUCGGGGGCAGUGGACUGGGUCAAUGCCGCAGAGUUCGUGCCAGGGCAGCCCUACUGCGGGAGGGCUGACCCAGUGCUGUUUGAGGGUUCUGGCCCGCUCAUCGAAGAAGAGUAUGAGAAAGAUAUAGCUAACAAAGAAAUGAAGAAACAACUUUGCCCGUAUGCUGCCAUCGGCGAGUGUCGCUAUGGUCUUAACUGCGCGUAUCUCCAUGGUGACGUUUGUGACAUGUGCGGCCUACAGGUGCUCCAUCCAACUGACACCUCUCAGCGCUCGCAACACAUCAGGGCCUGCAUCGAGGCUCACGAGAAGGACAUGGAGAUCUCGUUUGCCAUCCAGCGCAGCAAGGACAUGAUGUGUGGCGUGUGCAUGGAGGUGGUGUUCGAGAAAACCAACCCGAGCGAACGCCGCUUCGGCAUCCUCUCCAACUGCAGCCACUGUUACUGCCUCAAGUGCAUCAGAAAAUGGAGAAGCGCCAAGCAGUUCGAGAGCAAGAUCAUAAAGUCCUGCCCAGAGUGUCGAAUCACAUCCAACUUUGUCAUACCAAGCGAAUACUGGGUAGAGGACAAGGAGGAGAAGAAGAAACUUAUUCAGAAGUACAAGGAUGGCAUGGGGACUAAACCAUGCCGGUAUUUUGAUGAAGGCCGUGGGACCUGUCCGUUCGGAGCCAACUGCUUUUACAAGCACGCCUUCCCAGACGGCCGUAUCGAGGAGCCCCAACCCCAGAGGAGACAGACCGGCUCUAACGGAAGAAACCGGAACUCCAGACGUACGCCGCUUUGGGAUCUUCUCGACGAGCGGGAGAACAGCGACUCCUUCGACAACGAGGACGAGGAGAUGGUGACGUUUGAGCUAAGCGAGAUGCUCCUCAUGCUCCUGGCGGCCGGCACAGACGACGACAACACCGAUUCAGAAGAUGAGUGGGACUUGUUCCACGAAGAGCUGGACGAUUACUACGAGCUUUACCUAUAGCAUCCUUCCCGAAGUCUAACCCCGUGCCCUCCAUUUCUAUCCCUGUUAGAAACUAGACGGGAUUCUGUCUCGUGUGGCUGAUGGGCAGUAGCGUCUUUUCUCCGUGUUGUGGCAGUGCCUUUCAGCAGGCCGUUAAAAACGAUGAAUUCAUUUCAAAGUCGAUAAAUGAAUAAAAAAACACACGUCAAAAGGCAUACGAAUAGCUCUUGUGAUAAACUCUUUUCUAAAAAAGCCUUCUCCAUACUGUCCAUGUCUGGUUAACGUACAAGAAAAAAGUAUAAAGAGCAAAAACAAAAGUAAUUUAAAAAGCGCAAAAAAGGACACUAAGUUAUAAAUAUAUAUAUAUAUAUAUAUAUAUGAUCGGAAAGCUAAUAAACCUUGUGUGGGUUUCACAUGUUUAUCAUUGACUGUGAGGAUACAGCGACUGUAUGACUUCACUAACUGGUGGCUGUUAUAAUGCUUCAGAUAUUUUAAAAAUAUCUCUCUUCUCAUGCACUGAUUUUGACUGGGUGGUGGUGAGUUCUGUGAUGUCACAAUGCACUCUGUAACGUUCACGCGGGGCGACCUGUAACAUUGAACAUUUAACCCUUAAUAAGGUCCUUAUGUUACUCUCUAGUAAAUGAUCCACUGAGUUGUUUUUGUACAUGUUUAGCUGUACCUGAUGAGCUGUGGUAUUCAAUGGACAGUCCCACCUAAGAACUGAGUGCACCGAUACUGCUGUGAAUCUGGGCUCCCGAAAGCGGACUUAAAUGCAUUCGAAUAUGAAGCCGAAUGUUUCAUCAGUUUAACUGUCUGUUAAUUGUAAAUCUGUUUCGCUUCAGUGAGUAUUGCAUAUUAAGCUCAUUUGGCAGUAGUCAGACCACAAUCACCCAAUUGUUAUUCGGUUCUUGUCGAACUUGGUUGAAAUGCAUAUGUUUAUACAGAAAUGUGCUUGUUUUCUAUGGUUCAGAACCAUCCAACGUAACUUGAAAUUAAAGUUUAUUAUCAAA